UUGGUGACUGGUGACUGGUGAUUGGUGACUGGUGACUGGUGACUGGUGAUUGGUGACUGGUGACUGGUGACUGGUGAUUGGUGACUGGUGACUGGUGAUUUUGGGGCUGGAUCCAAAUAGUACCCUAUUUCCUAUAUAUUUUUACCAGAGUUGUAUGGGGCCUAGUAGUGUACAAUAUAGGGAAUAGGGUGCCAUUUGGCUUCUUUGCCUUGCUUAAGGGCUGAUGGACUGAUUUUUCACCUAGUCGGCUCGGGGAUUCGAACCAGCGGCCCUUGGGUUUCACCGUGUGUAUUAGCCUCUUCUCUCCACCAGCCAACAGAGUAAACCCCAUGCCGAGAGUCUCUCAGAUGAUGGGGGUAGUCCGUAUUGUCAGGCUACCACAACCCCACCAGCACACCAUUGGGGUCACACUGCCUGACUUCCAGGACACCAUUGGGGUCACACUGCCUGACUUCCAGGACACCAUCGGGGUCACACUGCCUGACUUCCAGGACGCCAUUGGGGUCACACUGCCUGACUUCCAGGACGCCAUUGGGGUCACGCUGCCUGACUUCCAGGACGCCAUUGGGGUCACGCUGCCUGACUUCCAGGACACCAUCGGGGUCACACUGCCUGACUUCCAGGACGCCAUUGGGGUCACACUGCCUGACUUCCAGGACGCCAUUGGGGUCACGCUGCCUGACUUCCAGGACCCCAUUGGGGUCACGCUGCCUGACUUCCAGGACCCCAUUGGGGUCACGCUGCCUGACUUCCAGGACCCCAUUGGGGUCACGCUGCCUGACUUCCAGGACCCCAUUGGGGUCACGCUGCCUGACUUCCAGGACCCCAUUGGGGUCACGCUGCCUGACUUCCAGGACCCCAUUGGGGUCACGCUGCCUGACUUCCAGGACCCCAUUGGGGUCACGCUGCCUGACUUCCAGGACCCCAUUGGGGUCACACUGCCUGACUUCCAGGACGCCAUUGGGGUCACGCUGCCUGACUUCCAGGACGCCAUUGGGGUCACACUGCCUGACUUCCAGGACACCAUUGGGGUCACACUGCCAGACACCUACAACACCAGUUGCCGCAGGAAGGGCCAAGAAGAUCAUCAAGGACCUCAGCCACCUGAGCUAACGCCGCUUCCAUCACUCUGACGCCAGCAGUACAGGAACAUCAUGGCUAAAACUAACAGACUGGUCAAUAGCUUCUACCCCCAGACCAUCAGGUUGCUGAAUAGAUACUACUAGCUUCUACCCCCAGACCACCAGGUUGCUGAAUAGAUACUACUAGCUUCUACCCCCAGACCAUCAGGUUGCUGAAUAGACACUACUAGCUUCUACCCCCAGACCAUCAGGUUGCUGAAUAGAUACUACUAGCUUCUACCCCCAGACCAUCAGGUUGCUGAAUAGAUACUACUAGCUUCUACCCCCAGACCAUCAGGUUGCUGAAUAGAUACUACUAGCUUCUACCCCCAGACCACCAGGUUGCUGAAUAGAUACUACUAGCUUCUACCCCCAGACCAUCAGGUUGCUGAAUAGACACUACUAGCUUCUACCCCCAGACCAUCAGGUUGCUGAAUAGAUACUACUAGCUUCUACCCCCAGACCAUCAGGUUGCUGAAUAGAUACUACUAGCUUCUACCCCCAGACCAUCAGGUUGCUGAAUAGAUACUACUAGCUUCUACCCCCAGACCACCAGGUUGCUGAAUAGAUACUACUAGCUUCUACCCCCAGACCAUCAGGUCGG